AUGUUGCAAACUCUCAAUGUAAAUGCGGGUGGAAUGACCAACAGAGAUGCAAUGCUUGGAGAGCUUGAAAAGCAGUUGGAGGGGAGAAAGUUUCCACUUGUUCUUGAUGACGUGUGGAAAGAGAGGAAUGAGGUAUCAAAUAGGUGGGAUGAUUUUAAGACUCGUUUGGUAAGAAUUAGCAAAAACAAUGGAAAUGCUAUUGUUCUCACGACUCGUAGCGAGGAAGUGGCAUCAAUAGUAGAGACUUCUACUAAUCAUAGGCAUACAGUAAAUUUGUUGUCUGAUGAUGAAUGUUGGUCCAUUAUGAAGGAAAGGGCAUUUGGAAGUGAAGCAACAUCAAUCCCCUCAAACUUAGAGGGCAUUGGAAAGGAGAUUGCGAAAAAAUGUGGAGGAGUACCAUUAGCUGCAAAAGUUUUAGGUGGGACAAUGGGUUUUAGAAGGGAUGAGGAAGCAUGGUUGUUAAUUCAAAAUAAUAAUGUUUUGAAUGCAUCAUAUAAGAAGGAAAACAUCGAGUCUAUAUUAAAAUUAAGUUGUGAUCACUUGCCUUCAAAGUUGAAGCAAUGUUUUGCAUCCUGUACGAUGUUUCCAAAAGAUUUUGAGUUUGAAAAGGAAGAAUUAAUUUGGCUUUGGAUGGCUGAAGGUUUUGUUGUGCCAUCUAGUGAAGAUGAGGGCACCAAGUAUUUUAAUGCCUUACUUCAAAAUUAUUUUUUCCAAGAUGUGGUGAGGGAUGAAUACGGGAAUAUUGGAAAGUGCAAAAUGCAUGAUCUUGUACAUGAUCUUGCAUUAUCUCUUUCAAAGUACGAAACAUUGACUUUGAAAAAUUGUUCAACUACUGAUGAUAUAUCUUCCGCUCGUCGUUUAUAUGUGGAUUGUCAAAAUGCAACAACUUCAGUGGCAUUUCCAAAAGGUGGUUCUAAGAAGCUGCGUAGUUUAUACAUGAAUGGUGUUGUCUUUGAUGGGUCUUGGAAGUUGAAAUGCUUGCGCACUCUAAAAUUGAAAGGUGCUAAUAUUGAGAAGGUGCCAUCUUCUAUUGGCAAGUUGAAACAUUUGAGAUAUCUUGACGUAUCAGACACUGGAAUCAAAGUGUUGCCUGAAUCCAUCACCAAGCUCUACAAUUUACAAACAUUGAGAUUCCUUUGGUGCUAG